UCCAUUCUAUCCUCCCCCAUUGUCAUCAUCACUCUCUCUCUCUCUCUCUCUCUCUCUCUCUCUCUCUCUCUCUAUCUGUAGCUUUGCUUGCUCACACUCGGAGCCAUUUCAGUCUCUGAGCUGCUUCGGAGCUCAGCUUAACCGAAUCUCAAACAAUGAGCUCCCAGAUUUUCAGAUCCGCCUCCAGAAACGCCAGGUCCUUCCUCUCCGCCGCCGCCGCCAAGAACUCCCGCUUGUACUCCGUCCCUCUUGCAGAAGGAAGAGCUGUAGCUUCAGCUGCAGCAGUUACAUUCAGCGGCAGGUCAUCACUUUUAUUAUCAAACUUUGCCAAAGCUGGCUCUGAAAAUGCAUCAAGGGGAUGGAUUUCAGGAGCCCUUGCACUGCCUGCUGCAGUUUACAUGCUUCAGGAGCAGGAGGUACAUGCUGCUGAGAUGGAACUCACUUUCAUCGCUAUCAAACCUGAUGGAGUGCAGAGGGGUCUGAUUUCAGAGAUCAUUUCUCGCUUUGAAAGAAAAGGAUUUAAGCUUGUCGCGAUUAAGAUUGUUGUUCCCUCGAAGGACUUUGCCCAGAAGCACUAUCAUGAUCUCAAGGAAAGACCAUUCUUCAAUAGACUGUGCGACUCCUUCAGCUCCGGCCCAGUUGUUGCCAUGGUCUGGGAAGGAGAGGGAGUAAUAAAAUAUGGUAGGAAACUUAUUGGAGUCACUGAUCCUCAGAAAUCAGAACCCGGAACAAUCAGAGGCGAUCUAGCAGUAAGAAGGAAUAUUAUCCACGGGAGUGAUGGCCCAGACUCUGCAAAGGAUGAAAUCAACUUGUGGUUCAAACCCGAAGAAUUGGUCACCUAGAUCAGCAACGCUGAGAAGUGGAUCUAUGGAAAUAACUGAUUAUACUUCGGCAUUUUCUUUAGAUCCCACAUGAAAACUCUAGAGUGGGCUUAGAGUCGUCACAAAAGUUGUUAGGAUGAACUUUCAUUUUAUCCUGAGGUGAGCUUUUGGAGCGCUUUAGCUUUCUUUAUUAAUUGCCUCACGUGAAACGCUCUCACCCUCUUAAAUUUGGAAUCACAGUUAUCACCAAAUGCUAUUAAACAUUGGGGACCUUCUAUAGUGUUGGGAACUCUGGUCACAGCCGUCCGAUCGCCCUAACAAGAGGGAAGUGAAAGGAAGUGCGGCGAUCCGACAGGUGGGAAGCGGGGGCACAAUGGCCUCGGCACCAUUCAUGUUUUCUUUCUUGCUCCUCAUUUAUCAACUACAAAUCCCUUUUCUGACUCCUUUCUUAACCUUAAUUCGAUUUCAUAGAAUUGCCCACUUGGAGAAGUUUUAAUAUUUUGAUCUCCUACGUGAUAGAGAUAGAACACAAGAAAGCAAUAUCAUUCCGAUCUGAAAUGAUAAAUUUUGUAUUCAAUUCUCAUCAAUAGAGGGCACCCCUUUUAUUUCC